UUCUAUUUCUCUGCAUAAAUUAAAAGGUCAAGCUUUUACCCAUGGGAGUAGUAAACAUGGCGAAUCCUUUUCAUGUCAACGAUUUCUUUUCUAAUUCUCCUGCUCUAUCUCUAACCCUAGCAGGUAUUUUCCGGCAGGGAACAGUUGCGGAAAAGGUUGAUUUGUGCAAUGGAGAGGAGCAGGCGGUUGAGAUUAUAAGCAGCGAGAAUUCAGCGCCGGCUAGAACUCGGUCGGAUGAGGAUCCCGACGAUAAUGUCGACGGCGGCGACCAAACCAAGAACAAGAACAAGAGGAGGAAAAAGUAUCAUCGUCACACCGCCGACCAAAUAAGAGAAAUGGAAACGCUGUACAAAGAAUCUCCUCAUCCUGACGAUAAUCAGAGACAGCAACUGAGCAAGCAAUUGGGCCUUUCUCCACAACAAGUCAAAUUUUGGUUCCAAAAUCGCAGAACCCAAAUUAAGUCCAUACAGGAACGCAAUGAGAAUUCAAUAUUGAAAACUGAAAUGGAAAAAAUAAGGAAAGAAAACAAUAGCCUUAGAGAAGCCAUUAAAAAAGUUUGUUGCCCUAAUUGUGGAUUUGCUAAGGAGAAGGAGAAAAAGGAAGACCAUCUAAUUAGAAUUGAAAAUGCCCAACUCACAGCCGAGAUUCAAAAGCUUCAAGCCGUUAUUCAAAACGAUAUAUCGGGCAUGAAUGAUAGGUCGAGAGUUGUGAAACUUGUAAGCCAAGCAACGGAAGAGCUUAUCACAAUGGCAACCUUAGGAGAACCUCUAUGGAUGCGUAGCGUGGAAACAGGACGCGAAAUACUAAAUUAUGAUGAAUACAAAAUGAGGUUUCCUCCACCUUCCACUAAAACUCGUCAUAUUGAGGUUUCAAGGGAGACCGGAGUUGUAUUCGCUGACAUUACAAUGUUGCUUAAAUGUUUUCUCGACGUGAAUCAUUGGAAAGAAAUGUUUCCUUGCAUAAUAUCAAAGGCAGACACUAUUGAUGUUGUUGAAUUAGGACAUCACAGGAAUAAUGGUGUUGUUCAGUUGAUGUUUGCAGAAUUGCAAAUGUUAACGCCGAUAGUUCCAACAAGAGAAGUGCGCUUUGUUAGACAUUGCAAACAACUUAGUGCUGAGAAGUGGGUAAUUGUCGAUGUAUCUAUUGACAAUACAAUCGAGGACAAUAAUAUUAAUGAUAUUGCAUCAGUUGUUAAAUUUAUUAAACGUCCAUCCGGUUGCAUUAUUGAGGAUAAAUCUAAUGGUUGUUGUAAGGUGACUUGGGUAGAACAUUUGGAAUAUUGCCAAAACAUGUCGGUUCCUACAAUGUAUCGCCAAAUAAUUAACGACGGGACAGCUUUCGGUGCUAAGCGUUGGUUAUCAACACUACAACAACAAUGUGAGCGGCUCAUUUAUUUCAUGGCCACUAACGUUCCCUCAAAAGAUUCAAAUGAAAUUGCGACAUUGACGGGUAGGAAAAGUAUACUUAGAUUGGCACAUAGAAUGUCACAAAAAUUCUGUCGGGAGAUUGGGGCAUCAAAUCUUCAUAAAUGGACCAAGUUGCCAAACACAAAAGAGGGAGACGAGAUAAGGGUUUCUUAUAGAAAGAACCUUAAUGAUCCCGAAGAACCUAUAGGAGUGAUCCUUUGCGCGGUUUCAUCCGUAUGGUUAAAUGUUUCUCACAUUGUUUUGGCUGAUUUUCUAACAGAUGCAAGCAGAAGACAUGAGUGGGACAUGAUGUCAAAUGGAAAUCCAGCACAAUCCUUAGCAAACUUGGCCAAGGGACAGGACCGAGGCAACUCGGUGACAAUCCAAAAAUUAAUAAGAUCAGAAAAAGGAAAGGAGAAAAGGAUACUACAAGAUAGGUCAUCCAACGCGUGUGAAUCCCUGGUGGUAUACGCUGCGUUGGACGUGGCCACCCUGCAAUCGGCGAUGCAGCAGGGUGGCGAAGAGUCUGGGGCGGGCGUGGCGAUGCUGCCGUGUGGUUUUUGUAUUCAUCCGGAUGGGAUGGAAUCAAGGCCGAUGGUGAUUACAAGAUCCAAAGUAGAAGCUGGGGGGUGUUUUUUGACUCUGGCUUUCCAAGUUCUUGCCAGCAGUUGUCCAACAGAUGAACUCAGUAUAGAAUCAGCUGUUGAAUCUGUUACCGAUCUUGUUUCAUGUACCUUAACAAACAUUAAGACAAUCUUCAACUACUCUCAACCUCAUGGAUCAUCACCACCUAAUCUUCUAUUUUUGUAAAACAUUAAUGAAUCAUCUUCUAAUCUUUAAGGACCA